UGUAAAGGCGAAGAAGAGCGGGAGUGGGUGAGAGAGAGAGAGAGGAAAGAAUGGGGGAUGUUUUAGGAAUCUGCGGCCCGAAGACGAAGCCAUUUCCACCGCCGAUGAUUUAACGUCGGACCUCCCCACUUAGCUCUCUCUCCCGCUCUUGCCGUACAAGUCAAACCCCCCGUACCUCCGGCCACCGUCGCCGGCGCCGGCGCCGUCGCUACCCUUUCCCUCUCCUUCCUAGGCCGCCACCCAGCCGAUCCUUGUAAUCUAACCUUUAAUGUCCUUAUGAUCGUCGCGCAGUGCUAUUACUAUCAUCAUUAUUGGGGGGAGGGAAAGAGAGGAGAGAAGGGAGAAGAAAGAGCAGGCGUUUGGAAUCGGGACAUGAGCAUUAAAUUGGAGGAAGCCUCUUAAUUUGGCCCGAACGAGUAGCUGCGGAGGUAGCAGCGGCAGAGGUCGCUUUUCGGUUCUUUUCUUCUCCCAUUGGAUUUUGAUUUUUCCCUCCUUUUUUCUUCUUUUAAUUUGUUUCCUUUUUUUUUCUCGAUUUUCCCCCCUUUUUUCAUUUAAUUUUGAAUCGAUCUUUCUGGAAUCGAGAAGAGAAGUGGAGACGAGGAGGAGGCGCUCGGAGGCCCGCGAUUGAUGGCCCAGCUGUAGCCAUGCCCCGUGUCGUGGUCGCCGUUGUUGUCUUCGUCGUCUUCGCGCUGUGGCGCGCCGCGGCGGCGCAGAAACUGAGCUCGGCGGCUGAUCUUGCGGGGUUGUACAGCCUCCGUGCCUCGCUUGGUCUCCGAGCCCGGGACUGGCCGCGGCGGGCGGACCCGUGCACGUCCUGGACCGGCGUCGCCUGCAGCGCCUCCGGCCGGGUCGUGCGCCUCGACCUCUCCGGCCUCCGCCGUACCCGGGUGGGUCGCCUGAGUCCCCGGUUCGCGGUCGACGGGCUCAGGAACCUUACCCAGCUCGUCUCCUUCAACGCCACCGGGUUCGCCCUCCCCGGACCCAUCCCGGACUGGUUCGGCCGAGAACUCGCUCCGACCUUUGCGGUCCUCAUUCUCCGCGACGCCUCCGUCGUCGGAUCCAUCCCUAACUCGCUCAGCGGCGCCGCCGGGCUCGCCGUGCUCAACCUGGCUGGCAACGCCAUCACGGGCAACAUCCCGCCCACGCUCGGUCAGCUGAGCAACCUCACUCUCCUCGACCUCUCUCGCAACGCCCUCUCCGGGCCUAUCCCGGCGUCCUUCGCGGCGCUCGCCAACCUCGCCAACCUCGACCUCUCCUUCAACUCCCUAUCCGGUUCGCUGCCGCUGGCCCUCGGCACGCUCCGAGCCUUGAAAACCCUGAUUCUGGCGAACAAUAACCUCACCGGAUCGGUCCCUGCACAGCUCGGUGAUCUCUCUUCGCUCGCCAUUCUUGAUCUCAGCUUCAAUUCCCUCGCCGGAUCGCUUCCUGAUGACCUCAAGAACCUAAGGAGCCUACAACAUCUCAUCUUGGCCAACAACUCGCUUUCAGGCAGUCUCACGACCGGUCUCUUGGCCGUUCUUCCCCGGCUUCAGUCCAUCAAACUGAGUCGCAACAAUUUCUCUGGGACAUUACCUGACUCACUCUGGUCUCUUUUGGAGCUACGCUUGGUUGACGUCUCUUACAAUAACCUCACUGGAGUACUUCCAGACCUUGUGCCGGCUAUUGUUGAAGGAAACGACAGUGAUGCUCUCUUCGACCUUUCAAGCAACCUCUAUUAUGGUUAUAUCUCUUCUAGCUUUGGGAGUGUCUUCGCCAAGUUUGCAACGGUAAAUAUAUCAGAUAACUACUUCAAAGGUCGAUUGCCAUUAGAUAAUGCGAGCAGCAAUGUGUCUUUUGGAUUGAAUUGCUUCAAAAAUACUAAGAAUCAGAGAAGUCCAGAUGACUGUUUGCAGUUUUAUUCCGCAAGAGGGCUACUUUAUGAUGGUGAUGACACACCGGGUACUGCCCCGCCUUCAGGCACUUCCAAGGAGGGUCAUCGGAACUUAAAGUAUAUCUUGAUAGGGGCGUUUGGAGGUGCUCUGGUGCUCGUGAUACUGGUCGUUUUACUGGUAUGCUGUUUGAAGAGAUCUGGUGGCCGGAAAGCUGAACUGCACGAGAAUGGUGCAGGUGCAGAUCCAUCUGUCAGUGGCACACAGGUCCCUGGUGUUUAUGUCAAUUUGUCGAAUGUAGGGGAGGCCUUCAGUUAUGAGCAGCUGUUUCGGGCUACUUUGGAUUUUAGUGAUGCCAACCUCAUCAAGAAGGGACAUUCGAGCGAUAUCUACCAUGGCACAUUGGACACGGGAAUUCCUGUGGUUGUGAAGAGGAUGGAUGUACGGAAGGUCAGAAAGGAUGCUCAUGCUGCAGAGUUGGAUUUAUUCUCCAAGGGUUUGCAUGAGAGAUUGGUGCCAUUUAUGGGCCACUGCUUGGAGAAUGAGAACGAGAAAUUCCUUGUCUAUAAAUAUGUGCCAAACGGUGACCUCUAUAUGGUGUUGCAGGCGAAACCUGAGCCAGAAGAAGGGUUGCAGUCAUUGGAUUGGAUAAAGAGGUUGAAGAUUGCAACAGGCAUUGCUCAGGCACUGUGCUAUCUUCAUCAUGAUUGUUUGCCGCCACUUGUUCAUAGAGACAUCCAAGCAAGCAGUGUCCUUCUUGAUGACAAAUUCGAGGUGCGGCUUGGAAGUUUGAGUGAGGUCUGUGCUCAGGAAGGGGAAGCACACCAGAAGGCCAUCACCAGGCUAUUGAGAAUGUCACAGGUAUCAGUGCAAAAUAUGUCCGGGCCUCCCGCAACAUGUGCAUAUGACGUAUAUUGUUUUGGGAAGGUGUUGCUGGAGCUGAUCACCGGGAAGCUCGGCAUUAGUGGGUCAAACGAUGUUAAUGCGACGAACGAGUGGCUUGAUCACACCCUGCCUCACAUCAACAUGUACGAGAAGGAAGCUGUGACGAAGAUCGUGGAUCCUUUCUUGGUGGUGGACGAGGACCACUUGGAGGAGGUCUGGGCCAUGGCGAUCGUUGCAAAGUCGUGCCUCAAUCCGAAGCCUAAUAGGCGGCCGCAAGCGAGGCAUAUCCUCACGGCAGUGGAGAACCCGUUGAAGGUGGUAAGGCAGGACAUCACCACCGGGUCGACCGCUACGCUGACGAUGAUGACUUCGUCAAGGGGUUCUUGGAAUUUGGCAUUCAUGGGAAGCUGGCGACGCAGCUCCUCCGAGACCAUGUGUGUGGCACCAGGGCAAGCGAGGGAGGAUCAAGCGGUGAAAUGGUCGGGUACAACCAGGUCUCAAGGGAGCGGAGGAGGGGAGCAAUCAUUCUCUAGGAAGCGGCUGUCCAAGGAGAUCUUCCCAGAGCCGUCCAGUGUACGUGACAUGCAGGAUUGAGAGGAAGGCUUUGGUGAUUCUUUGGGUAAUAAAGACAUCGAGUUCAUGCACAUCACUCAUCGGCUCCGCCUAACCAACUCUCUACAGAUGAGAUGUCCAUCUUCUGCUCCUGCUCAUGCACCACCAAUGCACAACUUUUCUGUUGGGAAAGCCAAAAAUACAUUUACAGGUGAUUCAUUUUCUUUUGGCAGUCUGGGCUGUGAUUCUUUUCUCGUGUCAUUUUGUCAGUUGCUGGUGGUGUUUUUGGAGUAUUGUACAGUGGUUUCACAUUGCAACUUGUGUUUCGCUCAACAAAGGGAACUACUCUGAAGCUCCUCCAGACUUUGACGUGUCUGAAAUUUUAAGCCAUUUGAAGUGUGAACUGAAUAAACAACAGAAUAAACAUGCAAUGAUUCAUUGUU